AUGAGGAGCCUGGUAAGCUCUCCCUCUUGGGUCGAGGCCGCGUUGGAAAUUCUGAUUUCCGUCAUUGCACUUGCGGUUUCCAUGCCCGAUGGCUACGAUUUGUCAGGGCCUCAAGGAGGAAGCUUCACUUCAGCCGCUGGUGCUUCGAGAGGAACAGUCAGUCAAGAAGCUUCAACGGGGACAAUCUCUGCUCAAAGAAUCACUUCCGGAUCAACUGUUGGGCAAGGCACUUCGUCGGAAGCUUCUUCUGGUCAUGGAGCUGCAUCCGGAGCGGCCGUAAGCCGCGGAACCAGUUCCGGAUCAACCGUUGGGCAAAGUACUUCGUCGGGAGCUUCUUCUGGUCGAGGAACUGCAUCCGCAGCGGCUAUCACCCGUGGAUCUUCUUCGGGAACAUCCUCUGGCUUUGGAGCCACGAGCCAGGGUCCUUGCGGAGGUGGGCAGGUGCGUCACGUGGAUGGAAGAUGUGUGACGCCUCAAGUGAACCGUCGCGUGUUUGUCUACGACGUUCCCACCAACGCCCAGACAAGCGGCCCUGUCAACAUCCCCGAACCUCGCGUCGAGACCAACAUUCUGUUAAUCCGGUCUCCCGAAGGCGGUCUUGGACCGCAACCUGUGGUCAUUCCUCCACCCCGACAGAAUCACGUGGUUUACGUCCUGAACAAGCAAAGCAGUGCAGGGCCAGGAGUGAUCGAAGUACCCUCAUCCGCCCCUACAACUCCUGAGGUUUACUUCAUCAACUACGCCGAAGGAGAGAACCCAACCCUUCCAGGCGGGGUGGACCUCCAAUCGGCUCUUCAAGCGGCCAGUCAAGGUGCAGCUCAGACUGUUGGUUCAGCAGGACAGCCUUCAUCGACCGUUCGUCAGAAUGUAGGUUCAACAGGUUCUUCUGUUGGUCAGAAUGUAGGUUCAACAGGUUCUUCUGUUGGUCAGACCGUCGGAUUAGGGGUUUCAUCUGGCUCCUUUGGCGGUCAAGUGACUGGGUUAUCAGGUCAAUCUGCGUCGCCUCCUGGUCAAGCAAUUCUCACAAUUCCUGGAUCGGCAGGUCAAACUACCCCUGUAACCGCAGAUUCGACAGGUCAAUCAGUUCUUUUUAAUGGCCAGGUCUCAGGGCCAGGAAUUUCGUCUGGGUCCUCGGGUACCCAAGUGAUCGAGUUAAUAGGUCAAUUUGUUUCACUUGACGACGUGGCGAUUGGUUCAGCAGGUCGCUCUGCCUUCUCUGGUAACCAGGUUGCUGGAUCAGCAGGACAGGCUUCCUCUACUGGAGGCUCAUCCCUUGUAAGUCAAGCCCCUGGUCUGUACGCAUAAAUCCUAUGGAGGUGCAGCCACCAUAACUAAUCCAAAUGAUGUUACAGAAAUUUUGUUGAUGUUUUUUUAUGUGUUGUUGGAACAUUUUUCUUCUUUAUUGUUCAUAUGUUUACUUGAUGUUUGUUGUUAGUAUAUUUUCAUAAUGUAUAUGUUUCUAAAUAAAUCUUAUGAAAAAUAUCC